UGUAAAUUAAUUAAUUAAUUUAUAAAAUUACCAUUUUAUACUUAUAAUUGGAAUUUCUUUGUUUAUUCAUAUUUUAAAUUAACAAGAUAAAACACAUAUUGCAGGUGUUAAAUAUUAUUGAGUGCGACAAUCGUGGACAUGUCGCAAUGGCUUGUGACUCGAGCCUAUAUAAGGGCAUAAACGAAUUAAAAGCGUAAAAAAAAAAUAUGCGGAAACUAGUUAUAAUAACAUUUAUUGUUGCCGUAUAUAGUGGGGUUUCCCACGGACAUCCGUUUCAUAAACGGUCUCAUAGCAUGCCGUCGCCUCGUUCGAGAGACUCGUGUAGUUUUACGUGCGACGAUCUAGUUUCUUUUGUAACACUAGCAAAGAUUCUCGAUGACAAAGAACCAGAGAAAGAAGUACCCGCGGUGCAGACGGUUUUUAACGCCGAAGAAAUAAUUAUGAAAUUAGUCAACGCAUUAAUAUAUGCCACUACACAUAGGAUUCAGAACCAUUGUCAGUGCCCUCAUUCAGUAACACCCUCUUUAUCCUCUGAUAAAUCUGGAGCUGGAGGAGCUGCUUAUCCAAGUAAUGGUGAUAAUGACCAUUUAAACGAAGGUCUAGUUAAUCUUGAUUUACUUAAUUCUAAAAGGAAAAAUAAUGUUUUGGAUCUGGACCUUUCCAAUCAUCAUGUGCUUGGAGUCGGAUUAGGUACAAAAAAUCAAAAUGAUAAUUCCUAUCAAACUGCACACCGAAAUGUCAAAGGAAAUGAACCAAAUUCUUCUGGUAGAUCUACUGCUACAUCUUCGGACGAUUUAUUAAAUGUCUCACUACUUGAUUCUAAGCAGCCAAAUAAUGUUGCAGCUGUCAGUAUUGGAAAGCAAAAUGUUGUUGGAGUCGGUUUGGGUGGUAUAGGAGAAACCAACGGUAGUGGAAAGCAAGUUGCCACACAAAUGAGCAAUGAUCGUAAUGAAGAUUUAGUUAAUCUUCAAGUUCUUAAUCCUAAUAAAGAUGGAAAUGUCGCGAAUUUGGCCGUAGGGGGUCAAAAUGUUCUAGGAGUUGGACUCGGAAAUUAAGGUAUUGAUGAAACCCUCAAAAAAAAAUUGUGAUUUACUUCU